AUGUUAUACGAAAAUACUUAUCGUCAGGAUAAUUAUGGGUCCAUCAAGCAAAUUGCUGCAAAUACCAUUACUGCCAGCCCAAAUAAUGCUGUUCAUAAUAACACCAGCAAUGCUAGUCGUGGAACAACUAGCGAUGACGAUACUAUUAAUGAAUAUGAUUGUGGAUCUAUAACCGAUAGCAAAAACACGGCUUUUACUGAAUUAGUAGAAAUAAUUAGGACUUCAAUACCAUUGUCGAUUACAUUUUUGUUACAAUUUUUUAUUACGACAAUAACAAUGAUUACUGUUGGGAGAAUUGGGACUGUUGAGUUAGGUGCUGUUUCCAUAGCCAAUGUGACCUUUCAAGUUAGUGUUUGCAUAUUUAUUGGCCUAGCGACAUGUUUAGACACUUUAUGCCCACAAGCUUAUGGACUAGGGAAAAAAAAAUUAGUUUUAAUCUAUUUUUUGAAGUGUUGUUUGAUUUCACUCAUGGCUGGUUUACCCAUUAUAACGUUAUGGUGGUUUAGUAGUUCAUUUCUUAAGUUAAUUAUUGAUGACUUGAAAGUUAUUGAGUUUGCCUCAUUAUACCUAAGGAUUAUGAUUUUAAGUGUUCCCGGUUAUAUUAUUUUUGAAUGUGGUAAAAAAUUCCUACAAAGCCAGCAUGAUUUUGUUGCUGGACAAAAAAUAUUGUUUGCCGCAGUACCAUUUGACAUUGCAUUAAACUUUAUACUUGUUACAAAGAUGGGGUUCAUCGGAGCUCCAAUUGCAGUCGUUUUAACUUAUUCAUUAAUGGGAAUUUUAAUUUUUAUUAAAAUUUCUCAAACCGAGUGUUGGACUUUAAAAUCACAACUUAAUUGGAAUUCAAUUUUACAAGGAGAUUGGUCGACGCUGAUCUCAUUAGCUGUGCCUGGCAUUAUAAUGUUAGAGGCUGAGUUUUUUGCGUUUGAAAUUUUGACUGUAUUGGCAUCUAAAUUUGGUACUACAAUUUUGGCAGCUCAAUCGAUUGCUGCCUCAUUACAAGCCUUAUUGUUUCAAAUUCCAUUUUCUUUUAGUGUUGCUGCAAGCAAUAGAAUAGCUUUCCAUAUUGGCAGGGAGGAUUUAGAUAGUUGUAAAAUUGCUUCAAAAGUCACACUCCUUAAAAUUGGCCCUGGAUUAUGCUUGAUUAAUUUUAGUAUUUUCAUUUUAGGUAGGAACCAUUUAAGUAAGCUUUUCACCAGUGAUCCACAGGUUAUUGAAGAUUGUUCUAAACUUUUAGUAUUAAUUGGCAUUAACCAAUUGUAUGAUAUUUUUAAUGUGCUAAGUGCAGGUUGUUUAAGAGCUCAGGGAAGACAGAAGAUUGGAGGAUAUUUGAAUAUAUUUUGUUAUUACGUCAUCGGGUUGCCAUUAGGUAUAUUUUUAGGGUUUAAAACAAAUUUAAAAGUUCUUGGAUUUUGGAUCGGGCUGGGUGUUGGUAUCAUGUCUUUGGCAUUAGCAGAGUUAUAUUUUGUCAUUAAAUGUAAUUGGGUUGGAAUUAUUGAAAAGUCGCAAAAACUACACUCUUCUGGCCACGCUAAUGUUAUCAGAGAUCUUGUAUGA